AUGUCCCAGCUAUUAACCGGUAUAUUUACUAACUGUUUUCCAGUCGGUCUGAAUCCGAAUUUGCUCUUCUACGCUUGGAGACUUCAGCAGACUAAGCUGUGCUCGGUCACUGUUGUGGAUCCGUCUGUUGAUCCAAACUCUCCAAUCUCCUGGCGUUCUUCUGUUUUUGGAGAUGCUACCUUUACUCCCGAUCUGCUUGCCUCCUCCGUGUCCCAUUUACCUAAACUGGCCACCUACGACUAUGUGAUCUUGUCCGUGCCUAAUUUGCAACAGUUCCAGGACGCCUGUGCCCAGAUCCAGCCGUUGCUCCGCCGCGACGCCUUGAUUGUCAUUGAAUCUACGGGCUACGUCAAUUUGGAACCUUUUGUUGUGUCAAGCUUGCCAAAGGCUAGGGAUCUUUCUGUUUGUUCCAUUAUGAACGAAAGUGACAUUAAACGUGCUCCUGGCUUCAACUCACACGUCUGCUUCCACCGCACCUUGAGCCUGGAUCUUCGUGUUUACUUGGGUGUGUCUUCUUCCGCGUCAAACCAGCUCGUUCCUGCUAAGGAUUCCAAUACUUUUGCUAGAUUCUAUAAGAUGUGGCAGUUGGCUCAAGAGGAUUCCAAGGGUGUCAUUAGUUUGCUCAAGUCCACCAACCCGCGUGAGUUCAUGACUUACCAAUGGAAACAAGCCUUGCCAAGACUCGUUUUGAACCCUUUGUCUGUGAUCUUUGAAGAGCCUUACCCUCAAGACCUUUCCCGCCAGAUCUUGGCUAAGCCAUUGAUCACUGGUCUUGUCAACGAGGUUUUCAAGAUCAUCAAGAAGAUGGAAUGUAAGCUCGUCAAGGGCUUUGAGAAUGAAACCAACUUGAUCAAGAACUGGCUGGCCUACUUCCCAUUGCCUGAAAAGUCUAACAAGAAUCUUCCGCAGUUCUGUGAAUCUAACACCUUGUUCUACGACUUCUUCCACCAACGCGAUAUUGAAGUCGACUUGCUUCUAUUGCAGCCUAUUUUGCUUGGUGAUGAUUAUGGCGUCAAGACUCCUUACUUGGAGAACUUGUACUCCAUCUUGUGCCAACUUUUGAAAAUGAACUCGAAGGAAGGUUCCUCUUUCUUCACUCGCAAGUUGGAUGGCUAUGAUUCAAAGAAGAGCGAGUUAGAGGCUAUGACACAGAACUUGAAGCAGCUCAGCCUUGAAAAGUAUCAAUUUGAGAACAAUUUUGAAGAGCGUCAAAAGCUGUUGCAAAAUGUUGAAAGCCAAAUCGUCCAAAAGAACCAGUUGUUGGCCAAGCUUCUGUCUGACCAUGAAUCAAAGACUAGAGAGCUCUCGUCAGCCAGCCAGUCUCACCAACAACAAUUGUCCGACAUUAAUGCUCAAUUGCAAGAAAAGGAAACUGAGCUUCAACAGUUGCUUCAGCGUGUUGAACUGGCUCGUCAGGAAGCUGCCUCUCAACCGGCUCCUGCCCCUUCCCCUGCUCCUCAGGCCCGCUCCGCACAAUUGGAUGUUCCAAAUAACAAGUCUGCUCAACCUCAACAAGUUGAAGGGUCUACAGGUGUCCAGGGUACUCCUGAUUUGUCUGACUUCGCUGAUGUUGCCAUGUACGGCGCUGCUUUGAAUGGUGAAACUCCACCAGCCCAAAGGGAAGCACAAAGACGUUUGGGUGAGCGUGAGCUUGAACUUCAAAAGAGAGAGCAGGCACUCCAGGAAAGAGAACAUCAGUUCACCCAGAAUCCUCAGGCCCAAAACCAAGGUCAGAAACCUCCAACUCACAAUCGCUCGGCUUCUCAACCUUUGGAUGAAUUGCAGAAUUACACUAAUUAUAACAACUACAAUGGCUACAGCAACGGCAACGGCAACGGUUAUGCUCAACCUGAAGCUACUAGAGGGGGCCAGGAAGGUGCCAAUCAGUCUAAUGGUUACGGAGCUGGACAGACCAAUGGCUACUAUGAUGCUUCAAGCCAGCAACCUCCUCAGGCUGCUCAACCUUACCAGGGCCAAGUUCCUCCUCAGGGUCCUCCAGGCCAGUACAUGGGCUACCAAAAUGCCCCUCCUGCAAGAACUUCCCAAUCAUUUCCUUCGCUUUCCAAAUCACAACAACAACAGAACGGCUCUUACGAGGGGUACAUUGAUCAGAGACCGCCUCAUGGAUUGCCUCCAAACGGAUUUCCACAAAGCACUUUGCCAACUACUUUGCGUAAUCCUCAACGGUACCAGAACGGUCCUCCAGGAGCUGCCCAGCAACCACCUAAACACCGCAUGGGAUCGCAUCCAAACCUCCAGAUGGGAAUGCCAAUGGGAUCAAGCCAAAUGUUGCCUGGUCAAAUGCCUCCACAGCAAAUGCCUCCCCAGCAGAUGCCUCCCCAACAGAUGCCUCCCCUGCAAAUGGGUAUGAGUAUGGGCAUGGGCGGUAAUGUUCCUAUGGGUGGUCAGAGAAAGGCUAAUCGUCGUUCUGCCUUCCCUCAAAUGGAGGGUAGCACUUUCAACAUAGAUUACGGUGGAAGAGGUGGAAUGCCAAUGCCUGGAGCUAGCAAUGCGCCACCUACCAAAUCUAAGCAUCGCUCGAUGAUGCCUGGGCAAAUGAUGCAAGCACAACAGCUGCCUCCUCUUGCUCAGGGAGCUCAGGGGCCUCAAUUGGGGCAAGCUCCACCUUUGGCGCACCAACAGCUGCUGGGACAGUUGAGUCAAACAGGAAGGAGUCAGCAGCAAUUGCAGCAGCACCUUCGUCCUCCCCAGGGUGCUUCUAACUCUGGCUCCAUGACGUCUUCGAACUCCAACGAUCUGCCCAAAACUUCAACCGCUGAUAUCCAACACGAUAUCCGUAUAGAAGUUCCUGUCAUGGAUGCUCCUAAGGAACAAGCAGCACAAGUGGCUGAAAAACAAAAAAAGAAGAAGAAGGGCAUCUUUGGCAAGUAA